UCUAGAUGUAAGGCAUAUAUGCAUGAAAAUGCAGUGUGCUUUUUUACCUUGCUGAUUUUCGAAGAAGUGCUAGUAUAGAAUUGAAACUUAUCUUAAAUGCAAAAGCCUUCGUUUCUUUUACUAUUGCGUGAAUUUUAAUUAAGAACCAAGAGAUUUAAUUAGAAGUUGUGCCAAAAUUGUUAUAGUCUAUUCAAAAACUGUGAUGUUCUAUAUAUGUCAAGGUUGAAAUGUCUUAAUUUUUCAAAGAUUUUCAUGAGCUUCUUUUAUGUUUUCGUGUUUUAUGUUUAAUGAGUUUAUUUAAGAAGUUGACUUUGUAUAUAAAAGUAGAGUAAAACUAAUUUUAAAAAAGAUUACUGUACUCUGAAGUGAUGACGACUGUUGAGAAAAUGAAAGACGCUAAAAAAGCUGCUCUUCAAGAUGAAUUGAAAUAUUAUAGUGGUUUACUUGCAGCACAUUACAGUUCAGUGAAAACAAAUUCUCAAAAUCUAAAUAUUCAAAGUACCACUACAAGGAAUCUUGCAAAUUCUACUUGCAACAAUUUUAAAACAACUACAAAUAAUUGGCAUCUUCAUAAAUCAACUUCAUUUCAAAGAAAUGUGACUAAGUUACCAAAUCAAAAUAUAAAAGUUCGGUCUAGUUUUACUCUCCAUAAGAAAAUGGAUUUACGUAAUAAAAUUGAAACUUCUAAUUCAUUUAGUUUCAAAAAAUAUCCUUGUCAAUCCAGUACGAUGAAAGUAAAUUCAUCGGCUUUAUCUUAUAAAUCUUCAAAUCACACAGGAAAAACUUUGGAGCAAAAGAAUCCUGUUAAUUCUGAAAAACAAAUGAAAUCAGAUGUAAAUAAAUCUGCAGAAUCAAGUUCUCGGGUUUUAAUGGACGAAAUUCAUCUAUUAUUAAAACAGCUAAAACAAAAAACUGAGAAUGUUGAUAAUAAAGUCAACCAUGUAUCUUCAAAAGUUCACUCGUUAAAUAAAUGCAUACUUAAUAAACCAGAGCUUAAGGCACCUAUUAAAGUAUCUACUGAUUCAAAGAUAAUUUGUAAUACAUUAAGUAAUAGCCAGACCAUUAGCUCAAAAGAUAAAAAUUAUAAUAUUUUCUCCAGUGUUGAUUCUUCUCUUCUGUCAUCAAAAAACAGUAAUUCAGGCAUAUUUAAUGAAAAAAAGAAAAAUUCUCAAGAGAAGCUAUCUCGUGGUGUGAAUGAUUCUUCGGUAAAGCCAGUGCCUGAAUUCAGAAAUAGUUUUCAACAGCAAUCGAACCAGGAAAUUUCCACUAAAACGUUAAAUGAAUCUAUCCAGGAUUUGCGUGCUAAAUUUGGAACUGUAGAUGCUUAUCGAGUGAUUAAUAUAGUUAAAACACCUGUUAAAAAGAAGUUAAAUAGUGCAAAAAAAUUAAAUGGAACAACUCUGUUUGCCUCCAAAUAUAAAGUUGUAAAUGAAAAACGUCCAUGUGUUCAACAGGAGAAAGUUGCUUUAGUUACAACUGAAGUUAAAACGCCCCUUAAAAUGAAACCUGUUCAGAAACAUAUCAAUAGUGUUAAAAAGACAAAAGGUGCAGCAAGACUCAUAAACACAAAGUAUACGAUUAUAAAUAAGAAAUUGCCUUGUGUUCAGUCAUUGAAUUCUGAAAAUUCUUUCCACGGAAAUGGAGGUGAUGGUGUGUGUAAGCUUUCCAUUAAUGAUAAAUGGACAGGUUUAAAAACAAAUGGAAUAAAGUUGAAAGCCAGUAAGUUGAAUUCAAAAUACAAAAUUGUGAAUAAAAGUGAAAACCCCACGAUUGGGCCUACAUCAUUUUUUGAAAAUAAAAGUAUUAAUGCAAAGGAAGGUAAGCUAGGCGAGUUUGUACAUGAAAGGAAUAAAAAAAAUCUCAGCAAAUUCAGUACAUGCAGUUCCUUGAGAAAAUAUAAAUAUACUGCUUCAAAACUACAUGGUGAAAGAAAAAUUAUCAAAAGUAUGACUCCUCUAAAACAUGACUCUUCUUGUGUCCUUAAUUUGAAAAGAAAAAAGCCAAAUCCUUUCACCUCAAAUUCUAAAUAUAGAACUGUGAAUAAACAACCUGUUACUUCGUUGAAAAAAGUUUCUGAAACAGUGAAGUCCAAUAAUUCUAAUAAUGAGCCAAACAGUAGUAUUGAUCCAGAUCUUCUUAUGGAGCUUGCUGCUGAGUGCAAUGAUAAUGUAAUUGCGGAUUCUCCUAAUAAACAUAUACUUAUAAAACGAGUUUUUAAAAGCAAAAAUGCAAUUGUGAAUAAAAACAUUUGCUCAUUGCAAUCUAAGGCUGCCAAAAUGAUAAAAACAAAAUAUUCAACUCUAAAUAAGAAACAUUCAUGGCAAAAGCAAAGCUUUACAAAAAGAUUAAUCAGUCCGAAAUGCUUCAAAGGUCAUAAAUUUGACAGUAUUUAUCAAAGGAAAAUGCCUUUCUACCAUAAUCAAAGAAAGAGGAAUAACAUUAGACAUAAGAGUCUACCUCUUGUUUCUACCUAUUUUCCUGGAAGAAGUUAUUCUAGAAACUAUCUUGUUUCAAAAAAUAGAAGUAAUGCAGUUGGUUCUCUCCAAUCUAUGGUUAAAACUCCUAAAAGAUUUGUCUUGAACAGAAAAGUGCAUUUGAAAACUCCAAACAGUAUGAAGUCAAUUGUUCCUACAUCCAAAUCAAUGGCAAGCCGUGCAUUAAAUCGCAGUAUUAACAGAGUCUUAACUGCAUCUGUUAAGAAAAAGACUUCAAAAAUGAAUAUAUAUUGCAUGUUCUACAACAGAUUUGGGCGAUGUAAUAAGGGUAUAAAGUGCCCUUAUGUCCAUGAUCCUAGCAAAAUAGCAGUUUGUACAAGGUUUCUUCGUGGUACUUGCAAGACUGAAAAUUGUCCAUUUUCACAUGAAAUAUGUCCAGGAAAGAUGGCAAUAUGUUCCUUUUUCUUAUUAGGUUCAUGUACAAAAACUGAUUGCCCUUACAGACAUGAAACAUUAUCUCCUAAUGCCAAAUUAUGUAAAGCAUUUGUUCAAGGUUAUUGCCCAGAUGGAAAGCAGUGUAAACAAGCACAUGUGUUGGUUUGUCCACAAUUUGUACAAGGACACUGUGAUAAAGGAGAUGCGUGUCCUUUUCCUCAUCCACCAUCCAAAGAAAAGAAAACCAUUCCUAAUUUAGCUGAGAAGAAUGAAAAUCUAGAAGAAACUGAGGAGCUAAUAUUAGAAAAAAUGUCAAGAUAUUUUGAAUGUGCAUACGAAUCGCCAACCAAUAACAGAUCAGGCAUUAACAGUAUAGCUGUUCCAAGGAUUCGAAAACUUCCAGAGCAGCCUUCAUUCAUAGCUUUGUAAACAGAGAGAGGUGCUGCUGAAGGACUAAAAAGUGUUAAGGUUUGUUUAGGUAAGAAAUGCCACAAAAAAAUUAUUUUCUUAGCCAAAUGUACAGUUUAUUUCGUAAUUUUUCAUUUUCAUGAAAUUCUGUACAAAUCACUGUUUUAUAC